AAGUGAUGGGCGCUUUAUUCAUCCUGCCUUCCACCACUCUUGUCGGACUCUGCUCCUUUACUUCUUUCAUUCACUCCUUUUACGACACAUUAUACGAUGAGCAACGACAUUCCAAUGGAGGAAGAUGUCCUCAGCGACGUUGUGCCCAGUAACAUUGUUUCGCGUCAGGAGAGUCUGGGUGCCGAGAGCGAAUAUGUUGACGAAGUGGAGGAGGCAGACGAGUUGCAGAGCGACAAUGAAGCUCCAGCACCAGAAUCCCCUUCAAAACUAGCAAAGAUAGAGGCCAGCGCUCAGCGCCAACAGAAGAAACAAAAGCGGAAGGCGGAGGAGGGCCAAUUGCAAGCCAAGAGGCAAGAGAUGGACAAGGCGAAGAUCUCGGACGCUGUGAAACGAUAUUCAUAUCUCCUGGGGCAGACAGAACUAUUCAAACAUUUCGUCGAUAUCAAGAAAGCACGCGAUCCCGAGUAUGCCGCUAUGCUUGAUGCACAGCCCAAACCCAAGGGUAGAGGUCGCAAAAAGGCCAUUGACAAUAGCGCUCGUCAUAGGAAAUCAGAGAAAGAGGAAGACGAGGAGCUACUCAAAGAUGGGGAACUGGCAGCCGAGGGUGAUGAUCAACCUCCUGUGUUCGAGGACUCGCCGAGUUUCAUCAAUGGAACCAUGCGUUCAUACCAAAUCCACGGUUUGAACUGGAUGGUGUCUUUACACCAUAACGGCCUGAACGGUAUCCUCGCUGACGAGAUGGGUCUCGGCAAAACACUCCAAACAAUAGCUUUCCUUUCCUACCUGAAGCAUUGCCGCCAGAUCCGUGGCCCACAUCUUAUUGUCGUCCCUAAAUCCACACUGCAAAAUUGGUCUCGUGAAUUUGAAAGGUGGACGUCUGAUGUCAGCACGGUUCUCCUCACAGGAACAAAAGAAGAGCGCGGGGAAAUUAUCACGAAUCGUUUGAUCCCGCAAGACUUCGAAGUCCUCAUCACAUCCUACGAGAUUUGUCUCAUCGAGAAGUCCGCUCUCAAGAAGUUCUCAUUUGAGUAUAUCGUGAUCGACGAAGCUCACCGUAUCAAAAACGUCGAUUCCAUUCUCUCGCAGAUUGUCCGCUCCUUCACAAGUCGUGGUCGGUUACUUAUAACCGGUACUCCUCUACAGAACAACAUGAAAGAGUUGUUCGCGCUGCUGAACUUUAUCUGUCCCGAGAUUUUCACCGAGUAUGGUGAUUUGGAAAGUUUCUUGCAUAAGGACGAUUCAAGUGCGGACGGUGAUGAUGAAAAGAGCAAGAAGGUCGUUGAGGCAUUACACAAGAUCUUGCGGCCAUUCUUACUCCGACGAGUAAAGAGCGAUGUGGAGAAGGGUCUUCUACCCAAGAAAGAGAUCAAUAUCUAUGUCGGUCUUACGGAGAUGCAACGCAAGUGGUAUCGCUCAGUGUUGGAGAAAGACAUCGACGCUGUCAACGGUCUGACGGGCAAGAAAGAAGGCAAAACGCGUCUUAUGAACAUGGUCAUGCAGCUUCGUAAAGUUACAUGUCACCCGUACCUCUUCGACGGCGCUGAACCUGGACCUCCUUACACCACCGACAUGCAUUUGAUCGAGAACAGUGGCAAAAUGGUCAUUCUUGACAAGCUCCUCCACUCGAUGAAGGCCAAGGGCUCUCGCGCGCUGAUCUUCAGCCAAAUGAGUCGUAUGCUUGAUAUCCUCGAGGAUUAUUGUCUCUUCCGUGGUUACAAAUACUGCCGUAUUGACGGCAGCACCGCGCAUGAGGACCGUAUCGUGGCUAUCGACGAAUACAAUAAGCCCGACAGUGACAAGUUUAUCUUCUUGUUAACGACUCGUGCCGGUGGUCUGGGUAUCAACCUCACCUCUGCUGAUGUUGUCGUUCUUUAUGACAGCGACUGGAAUCCUCAAGCUGACUUGCAAGCCAUGGACCGUGCUCACCGCAUCGGUCAGACGAAACAAGUCUAUGUUUUCAGGUUCAUCACUGAGGGCAGUGUCGAGGAACGUAUGCUUGAACGUGCUGCACAGAAGUUGAGGUUGGAUCAAUUGGUUAUCCAGCAAGGCCGAACCCAAGCUAGCAAAGCGGCCAAUAAGGAGGAGCUCUUAGAGAUGAUUACCCACGGUGCUGAAACCAUUGUGAACUCGAACGAAGAUCUAUUGAUUAACGACGACAUCGACGCCAUCAUUCACCGUGGUGAAGAACGCACGAAUGAAUUGAACAGCAAAUAUGAAGAGCUCACUUUCGAAGACUUGAGCAACUUCAAGUCGGAGGCAUCUGUUCAGCAGUGGGAGGGCGAAGAUUUCCGAGGACAACGCAAACAACUGCAGUUCAACCCGUUGUCGCUGUCCAAGCGAGAGCGCAAGCUGAACUACUCGGUAGACAGCUACUUCAAGGAGACCAUGCGUGCUGGUCCCUCGAAGACGGAGAAAGCGCCCAAGAUGCCUCGCGCCCCGAAACAAUUGCAACUCCAAGAUUUCCAGUUCUUUCCCCCACGCCUUGCCGAGCUGCAAGAACGAGAACUUGCAGCGUUCAAGAAUGCGAACGACAUUCCUGCAACCUUACGUGAACCCGCGGGUCCUGAGGAUACGCCUGAGAAACUCGAGGAAGAGCGAAAAGCUGCACAAGAGCUCAUCGACAACGCGGAGCCGUUAACCGAACAGGAGCUUGCUGAUAAGGAGCGACUCAUCGCUCAGGGAUUCGAGGAUUGGAGCAGGCGUGACUUCCAGCAAUUCGUUCGUGCACUGGAGACAUACGGAUGGACUGAUGACUUUGAGCUCCUGGCGAGCGAGAUCCAAGACAAAACGGUCGAGGACGUGGCUCGAUACUACCCUGUCUUCAAGAAGAAAUGGAAAGAGCUUGCUGAAUAUCCUCGAAUCAAGGCUCGUAUCGAAGAAGGCGAAGCUAAGAGGAACAAGCGCUCCAACCUGGAAGCCCUGCUUUCCAAGAAGAUCGCCUCUGUUCGGUACCCCAUGCAGGAGCUCGAACUCAACUAUCCAACGACAAAGGGCAAGGUUUACUCUGAAGAAGAGGACCGAUACCUUCUAUGUCGCCUGAAUUAUUACGGCAUGCGUGCGGACGAUGUAUAUGAGCGAAUCAAGAAGGAUAUCACGGAGUUCCCCGUCUUCCGAUUUGACUGGUUCUUCAAGAGUCGCAGUCCGCAGGAGUUGCAGAGGAGAUGUAACACGUUGUUGGGUAUGAUCGAGAAGGAAGCGGAAGCGAAACAAGCUGAAGAGAAAGCUCGCGCACCGACGAAGAGCAAAAAACGUGGGAUAGAUGAUAUAGCGAAGUCCGAUGCGAAGGACAAGAUUUCGCGAUCGUCGACUCCUGCGAGUUCAGUUGCUGCCCCAGCAAAGAGACCAUACAAAAGAAAGAAGACAUAGAUGAUUCAGAGUUGUGUUACUAUUUUCUUUGCAUCGUCUUCCAUGUAUCAUAGAAUUAGCUUAUAGUACAAUUAGACUUCAUGCUACUUACCUC